UAAGAUUCUGUUUUGUGUAAGUGUUACUCUGGAACAGAAAAUGAAAGUGAAACUGAUCCUUCUGGUAAAACAACACUGCCUCUGUUAGACACAGCCACGAGUCUCCGAGAUCUACAAGUACAAUGGCAGGCUUUGAAUCUCAGGCUGAUUCCAAAAGCAAGCUCAAAGGACACAUAAAGAAGUACAUGACAUGGAUGAAUUCUACUAAAUUGUUGGCAGUUUUUGUGGUUGUUGCCACUUUUGGGCUUCAGAUCCUUAAGCAACAGAGCAGCCCCUCAAGUCAACAAGUAGAAGAAUUCAGUGAUGAACUUCGGAUUCUGCUUAUCGGAAAGACCGGUGUGGGCAAGAGUGCAACAGGAAACACCAUUCUUGGAAAAAAUGCUUUUAAAUCUGAGGCCUCCUCUUCAUCUGUAACCUCAUGGUGUGAAAAAGCCCAUACAAUUAUACAUGGCAGAAAAGUGUCUGUUAUCGACUCUCCAGGUCUGUUUGACACUCAAUUAUCUGCAGAUGAGGUGAUCAGUCGGAUUAAACUGUGCAUUCCAUUCUCUGCUCCAGGACCUCAUGUCUUUUUAGUUGUGAAUCAGAUAGGAAGGUUUACAGAAGUAGAUGAAAAAACUGUUGAGAUUUUUCAAGCAAUUUUUGGGGAAAAGUCCCCCAGGUAUACUAUGGCUCUUUUUACUCAUGGAGAUCAACUUAAAGGGGAAAAUAUUCAUAAAUUUGUACGCAGCAAUGAGAAGCUUUUAAGUUUCAUCAGAAAAUGCAAAGGUGGAUAUCAUGUAUUUAAUAAUGAAGAUCAGAAUCCAGAACAAGUCAUCCAGCUCCUGGAUCAGAUUGAUAAGAUGGUCACUGUAAAUGGUGGAGGACAUUACAGUACAGAGAUGCUUCAGGAGGCAGAGAGAGCAAUAGAAGCAGAGAAACAACGAAUCCUGAAAGAGAAUGAAGCACAGAGACAGGAAGAGAUAGAAGAUCUUAAGAAAAAUUUUGAAGGGGAAGCAUUUGAUAGAGAAAAAAAGAAGAAAACACAGCAACACGAAGAGGAAGCAAGAGAAAAGGCAGAAAAGGGUUACUUUUAUUAUUUUGGGCAGUGUCUUCAGAUUUUGAUUGACAUUUUAUUGCGAUAUUUUGGAGUGACACCACUAGGCCAUGUUUCAAAUUUCAAUUUUAAUCAUUUUCACAGUUCCAAAUAAUUACUCACAAAAGUCUCUACAAUAAUGAUAAUGGAUCUGUAAUGUCUGGCCAGACUAACAAAAUCACAAAAUGUAUUGUUUUCUGUUUCUUCUUCUAAAUUAAAGUUUCAUCAGGUCCUUUAUGUUUUUACUUUACAGGAAAAGAUGCCAUCUCAUUUUCACAGAUUUUAUUACUCACACUUUAUCUGGAUAAAAUAUUAAAUAUUACCUUUCCCUUUGGUCAGUUUCAUUUUGACUUGAUCUUUUUCUAAUAAUGAAUUUUUAUACAACACUAUAGAUUUAAAGCAAUUAGUCACAUCAGGGGCUUUGAAGUCUCUGUUUUCUUUUGGAUAAGGAAGUUAUUAGACACAAUGCUAUUUAGCAUAAAUGAAAUGUAUUAUUAAAAAUAAAACUUAAAACAAGUUUCCCAUGCAAUGUGGCUAACUGAGCUAGAUGAUACUGCUAUUCCUGUCCAUAGAUUUUACAUUAGGACUAUAGGUUAACAAUAAGCUUUGAUGAUUACACAGUUAAUAGAGACAGACAGAAUAAUCGGUUUAAGUAUAAAAGGCUGAAGUAUUACUUAAAACCUGGUGCCUUAGAAAAUAUAUUUACAUAUCAUAUCUUUACCUAUGUUUUUUUCUCAAGGUCGUUAUGCCAAGUAUAUUAUUUGUGUGUUUGUUCCACACUGUCUUUAGAGAAAAGAUCUUUUUUUUUUGUACAUGGUUUUGCAUAGUUUUGUUUCUUUUGUCAUGAACUUGUAUCCUUGUCAUUAAAGUUCUCUCCUUCACUGCUAAAUAAAUCUUUUUUAAAUUA